AUGAUGAAGAUUGGUGAAGAAAGUCUUGAUAAUAUGGUGGAGGUGCAAGAAAGAAGUCGGAAUAGUGAGUUGGUUUCAUUUCUUCCUUUAUGCAUAACACAUGAGGUGGGUGCUUCCGGUCCGGAGAUUGAGUUAUUAGGAAAAACAGCCGGUGGUCGAGUGAUUACGUGUAUGGUAGAGGGGUUUUAUCCUUAUAUGUAUGCAGGAUUGACAGCAGAAAGCGAUAUUAGGUUUAUUCAGGAUAUAGACGGUGUGGUUCAAGUUGAAAUCUGUGCGGGCUUACAGAGUAUUUAUGGAUAUAGUGCCAAAGCAGCACAGCCGAUUGCUAAAAUAACGUACAACGAUCCUAAGCGGUCACAGCAUAUUAAAACAGCAGUUGAGGAAGGUUUAGUUAAGGGCAGCAAGAGUAAACCAACCAUGUAUGAAGUGAAUAUCAACUAUGUAACUCGGUUUAUGGUCGACACGGGUAUGGUCGGAAUGGGUUGGGUAAGUGUUGUAGGAACACCAGUGAAUGAAAUGGGUAUGAUGAAAGCUAGAGCGGGUGAUAUUAAGCCGGAGUCAGACAAUAUUACUUUACCGCCCUUAUCUAUUUUGAGCUUUGAUAUUGAAUGUGCAGGACGAGCUGGAAAGUUUCCUGCAGCCCAAACAGAUCCGGUAGUGCAAAUAGGAUGCGUGGUUUCGGUUUUGCCAGUAGAUAUUCCUAAACUGCGCAUACUCUUCUGUACACGACCUACAGCCGACUUGGCCGAGGCCGAAGUACGAAGCUUUGCUACGGAGCAGGAAAUGCUAGUUGCUUGGGCUGACUGGCUGCAAGAGCUAGACCCUGAUGUUUUGACUGGGUAUAAUACGACAGGCUUUGAUUUCCCGUACUUACUAGAUCGAGCUAAGGCAUUAGGUCUUAAGGAGUUUGCAGGAUUAGGACGAAAGCGAGCUCCAGCAAUUUUACGGACAAUCACUUCUACUACUGCUUCAUUUGGUACGCGUGAAACCCAGGUUGUUUCUGUUCCAGGCCGGCUGGUCUUUGAUGUUAUGGAUGCAGUCCGCAAAGAAAUGCGCUUGCACAGCUAUUCUUUGAAUACAGUGGCUUAUCAUGUUUUGGGCGAACAGAAAGAAGAUGUUCACCAUACGGAAAUCCUGGGUCUAUUCAAUGGUACUCCUGAGUCACGUAAGCGCCUAGGAGUUUAUUGUAUGCGGGACGCCGAGCUGCCGAUGAAGAUCCUUUUCCGGAAGAACCUCUUCCUUAACUAUUGCGAGCUGGCUAGAGUAACUGGUGUGCCGUUUGAGUACUUAGUGGCUAGAGGCCAGGGGAUUCGAGUUCUAGCUCAGUUACUACGAGCAUCUCGGGCCCGAAACUUUGUUCUGCCGGUUCUAGAGGGCGAAGGCGAGGCUUAUGAAGGAGGCCAUGUUAUGGAGCCUUCUCGUGGCUUUUACACCGAUGCCGUGGUUAUUCUGGACUUUGCUUCUCUUUAUCCUUCGAUUAUUAUGGCUUACAACCUAUGUUACAGUACUUUAGUCAGUUCCAAAGAGACGGAUCCGUCGGAGGCAACUUUGCAUAAGUCACCAACGGGGGAUUGCUUUGUGCAGGCUAGUGUUCGUCCUGGUGUUCUACCGGGCAUUCUCGCAUCCUUACUAGAAAGACGUAAACAAGCCAAACGAGAAUUGGCGGCAGCUAAGGAUCCAGCCAUUAGAGCAGCUCUUGAUGCCCGGCAGUUGGCACUUAAGAUAGCCGCGAACUCGGUCUAUGGAUUCACUGGAGCUGCCAAAACAGGUUUGCCUUGUAUUCCGGUUUCCCGAAGUGUCACAUCUUUUGGCCGUGAGAUUCUAAUGGAAACACGGGCCAUGAUCGAGGCGGGUGUUGGUAGUACUGAAAGCAUGGCGGCCGAACAUGGCCAACCAGAUAAACACUCUGCUGAUGGGCCUAGUAUUAAUCAAAACAGCUCGGCUAAUAUCAAAGCGGCAGCCAACCCGACUGCGACUACAGCCGGGGCUAGUAAGCCCGGACAAGCGGAAAAGUUACGCGUAAUCUAUGGAGAUACCGACUCAGUUAUGGUAACGGCCCCGCACUUGAGCCUAGAAGAAGCCUUUGCGGCUGGAAAACGAAUCUCUCAGGCGGUGUCAGAAAGAUUGCGCAACCCACUAACGCUUGAGUUUGAAAAGGUCUAUAAACCUUUCUUACUGCUCAAUAAGAAGCGGUAUGCCGGUUGCAUCUUUAAGUCACCUAGCAAAAGAGCUGGUAUAGACACCAAAGGAAUCGAAACCGUUCGGCGUGAUACGUGUGGCCUAGUUCGCGAGCUACUUCAAGAAUGUCUAGAUAAUAUCUUUAUUCAUGGCAACGUUGAAGGGGCCAAAAAAGCCGUUCGGCACACCGUAGAAUCGCUUAUGGCCGGCCAGGUUGGCCUUGAGCGCUUAAUCAUAAGCAAGUCUAUUUCCAGGAAAGAAGAAGGCUAUGCUGUGCACUUAGCUCACGUGGAGUUAGCCGAGCGAAUGAGAAAAAGAGAUCCAGGAAGUGCUCCCGGUGUUGGCGACCGAGUUUCCUAUGUAGUUGUUAAAGGAAAAGGCCCAGUGCAUGCUCGGGCAGAAGAUCCCAUUCGAGUGUUGGAAGAUGAAAUCCCAGUUGAUACGGAGUAUUAUCUGGAACAGCAGAUAAGCAAGCCGGUUACUCGGUUAUUAGAACAUGUAGUUGGCGAUGUUGCCCAGCUUUUGAAGUCUUCUGCAGUUGCCCGAACCGGCAAUGCGUCUAUAGCAGCUCCUAAGUCCGGGCUGCGCAUGUUUGUCAAACCGAAAGCAGUUUGCUUUGUCUGUCGGGCCGGCGCAGCACCCGUUUGCAAGGGCUGUGUUGGGGCUGUUCCCAAACUCUGUUUGGCAGCUCUAGAAAAGCUCCGGGUGUUGCAAUACCGUUACCAUCUCUUACUUGGUGAAUGUCAAAGAAUGCAGCACACAACGCACAUUCCGAUUCUAUGUUGCAAUCGUGAUUGUCCUAUUUUCUACAAGCGAAGAGAGCUUACUAGAGCGAUCGGGCGGGCCCAGGCUGAAUACAACAAGAUAGCGUCUUUCACUAAUCCCAAAUAG